CAGGAGGUUCCCGAGCGCCCCGGGCCGUGCCAGCCUCCCCCGAGCGCCCCGGGCCGUGCCAGCCUCCCCCGUGCGCCCCGGGCGCAGCCGGCAUGAAGCAGCGGGAGGGCGAGGGGCCCGGGCAGCCGGUGCCCCCCAGCUACGCCGGCGAUCGGCCGCGGGGGGGCGGGAAGCUGCUGCUGGGGGGCGGCCGGGCCCCCCCGCGCUGGCUGCGAGUCGCCACCGUCUGCGCCUAUUUCCUCUGCGUCUCGCUGGCCGCGCUGCUGCUGGUGAUUUACUACGGGCUGGUGUGGGCGCCGCGCGGCCCCGGCGCGGAGAACGGCACCGAGCCCGGCCCGCGGGCCCCGCGGCUCUGCAACCACAGCGGCCCGGGGCCGGGGCAGCGGGAGGCGGCGGCCGAGGGGGCCCUGGGCGGCGGCCGGCGGCCCCCGGCGGAGGAGCGGAGCGGGCGGCAGGGCCCCGCGGGGCGCACGGGCUGGAGAGGCCGCGACGGGACCCACUGAGGCGCCGGAGGAUGGAGCCGCCCCUGGGGGCUCCCCGCGUGGGACCGAGCCGGGCCAGGAGGGAUGAGACCAGCACGGAGCCGGGGCCCGCGGCCUGGGCGUGAAGGGCUCCCCGGGCAUCGCUCGGGGCGCGCAGCGGCCCCCGCCCCGGACGGUGAAAGCGCAGAGCGGGCGGGGGGCAGGUCCCACCCUGCUUCCGGGCGGGGGGGCGCCCAGAACAGCCUCAGGAGGCGGCCAAGGACGGGCCCGGGGGAGCCGCCACCUCUCCAGGGCCGGGGGGGCCGCGUGGGCUGGCUGAGCCGGGAGGGGCCUGGCCGGUGCCAGGGUCGGAGAGCACCAGGCUAACCUAGCAGCAUAGCCCCCCCCCAGCCCCCCAAGGCCCCGUGUGCUGGCGCCAGGGGCCUGGGCUGCUGGGUGUCAAGGCCAUAAUGGACUCAGGCUCCCAGGGCCUCGGGGGCUCAGCAAAUCCUGUAUCCUUCUCUCUGUCUGUCUGUCUGUCCAAUA